AUGCCGUACAACACUCGGCGCAAGUCGCUAUCGCUCCCAUCCCUGGGCAUCCACCUCCCCAAUUCCUCUCGCCGCUCUCCGUCCUUCUCCAAGUCGCACGCGACCGACGAUCUCCCUCCGUCAAAAAAGGUCAAGAGGUCGCACGACUCAGGCUCCCUAUCGCCUGAGCCGUCCCCAUCCUCCGCCAAUGAUUACAAGGACUCCACAGCCAUGCGCGCAAUUCGGCGCACCGCUUACGAGCAUACACCGCCGCCGUCGCCCAUGGACGGGGUUGCGCCGAAGAUCGACACCGAAGGCAUCAACGACGACAUCGUGGUCGCCGCCAUCGAUCAACUAGAGAAAACGGGGAAUCGCCCACACUUGGUGAAGGAGCUGGCUGCAGUACUCAUUACAUUGAAUGCGAAUGUCGCCAAUUCGGCGAAUCCCGCUGCCUUGCUCUCGUCGCGGCUGGCCGCAUAUAUGAAGCGCCCGUGGACGGCGCUUGCUCCUUGUCCUGUCGCUAAGGAGCUCAUUCCCAUUCAUCCGCGCAAGGUGUACUACUAUCUUACGACCUGCUCCCGGCAACCGAUCCCGGAGAACUCGGACGAUCUGUUGGUCACCGUGGACGGCAAGAACAUCACUCCCAGUGUAUCCAGCCUGGAUGAUGAAGACGAUGUCAUGGCGCGAGAGCGUAGCCCCAGCCCUGAAGUCGACUUGUCUUCCCCUGACUUUGAAGAAGGAGAAGACUCCUCUGCCUCUUCUGCCGACUCCAUCUUCGAUAACCAUGCGCGCCUGAUGCACUCGAACCGCGCGGCUUCCCCACCCCUGGAGGGUGACGAGAAGGAAUUUACGCAGACAGCCAGCGCAGUGCGCGAGCGCGCAUCCGAGGAAAAAGCCAACCGGACAGACCGAAGCCUGUCCGUGCUGUCGGAGGAACUCAGCGCGAUGGAAGACUCGCGCGCCUCCCCUGUUGACGGUGGAUCCCUCGCGCCGGCUGAGCGCAUGUCCGAGGAAGAGUACAGCAACUACUUUACUCACAUGACGGACAUGUCUGAGCACUCGGACGAAGCCGCUGCCACCGCACUGUUUGGCACCUCGCCGUCGCCGUCGCUCACCUCGGUUGCAUCGUCGCUCUCGUCUGGCACGAGCACAGUCAUCGAUGCCGAGAAACCCGUUCCACAGAUCAGCCUUCCCGAGGCUCCUGUGUCGACACUGAAGCGCUCCUUGGAUAUGCUGAACAGCGAGCUCUCGGAAGUGGACUUGAAGAUGUCCGAUCUAACCGAGUCGCAUGAGAAGCUGUCCCUGCAUCCCCGGACCGAGUCCUUUUUCGACUCGUGGCGGGAGCUUCAGAACCCCGAGUCCGUCGAAAUGGACGAGCUCGACGAGAUGUUUGGAGAAAUUUAA